AAAGACGAAACAAAAUGAAAAACUAUUUAAUUAAAUUUAGAAGACAUUUUUUACUAAAUAAAAAUUUCACUUUAACUUUACUAAACCGUUCAUAUUCGCGGGUUGUCAGUCCGGAAACGCUACGAGAUGACUUACCGAGUGAGGCCCAAGUUGUGAUAGGUGGUGGGGGACUUCUGGGCUGCUCCGUGGCCUACCACCUCGCCAGGUCCGGAAUUACGGAUGUCGUCGUGCUAGAAAAGGGAAAAUUGGGGUGUGGUACGACCUGGCUAGGGUCAGGGGUCGUGGGAAGGUUAAGGUCAUUGAUGCCUGAGAUUGAACUCGUCGACCAAUCCUACAAGCUUUACACACAGCUUCAUAAUGAUGGCUAUGAUAUUGGGUAUCAAGCAACUGGUUCCUUGAAUCUCUGCAGAACUCCAGAUAGAGUGACUGCCUACAAGAGGAAUCUUUUACUAGCUGAGUCCUGUGGAGUGGAGGGCGAAAUGGUGGAUGCCAAAACGCUGGCACAAGAAUUCCCAUUCAUGAAAUGUAAUGAUUUGCUGGGGGCCAUGAGAAUUCCAGGAGAUAUAUGCAUUGACCAGAUGAAGCUGCUGAAUGUUCUGGUCGAUAUUUCUAAAAGUCUAGGGGUGAAGUUCGUCGAGGGCUGCCAGAUAGGUCAGGUGCACGUGAAGUCGCGAAUGGUAGCCUCGGUCGAAACUGACCACGGCAUGAUCCGGUGCGCUGAUUUCGUCAACUGCACUGGGCAGUGGGCCAGGGAGCUGGGCAAGCACACAUCACCGUACGGCAUCAACAUACCCGUUCACGCCUCACAACUAUCUGAGAUGCAGACCCAACCUCUGCCCGAGCUAAAAGAGCUGUCCAACAUGCCACUGGUUCGGGAUUACGACGGUCACGUAUACUUCCGGGAGAUGAAUGGCGGAAUUUUGGGGGGUGGAUUCCCCCCGUCCAUGAGGCCCCUCUUCCACGAUGGCAUACCAGACAAUGUUCAGUUCAAGUUGCUACCAGAAGAUUGGGAUAAUUUUCACGUCAUCUUAGAGCAGCUUCUUCACCGCUUGCCACUCAUCUCUCGCCUCAAGGCCACGGAGUUGAGGACGGGGUACGACAGUUUCACCCCCGAUGGAAGGCCCAUUUUGGGGGUUGUGCCCGAGUUACUGAAUUAUUUUGUGGCGGCGGGCUUCAACUGUGCAGGAGCGGCCAUGGCUGGAGGCGUUGGCAAGGUCAUGGCAGAGUGGGUCAAGGACAGGUCACCGAGGUCAAUCAACUUGUGGCCCUUGGACGUCAGGAGGUUUGUGGGCUUGCAUAACAACAGGAAGUUCCUGAAGGAGAGAGUUACAGAGAGUUCACUUGUAGUGUCAGGUAUUCCAUACUGGGAGGUGGACAUGAUUGGCUACGACAGCGGCAGACGAUUGCGAACGUCCGCCAUCUUUACUCGAAACGAACCUUACGCCGUCUUCGGCCAGAUCAUGGGCUACGAAAGGCCUCUCUUCUUCCAUACCCAGGGGUCAGAGGUCACUGAUGAUGACCUCGAUUCGGGGCAGAAUAUCUGGACCAUGCCAAAGCCGUCGGCCAGUAUUCAUGGAAUUCAUUCGUACCAGCUUAACCAGUCAGGACUGCCUCCAAAGGGCUCCUUCGGCAAGCCCCCCUGGUUCGACAACGUGAAGAGCGAGUACUGGGCAUGUAGGGAGGGCGUCUGCAUCAUUGACAUGUCCACCUACUCCAAAUUCGAACUAAGGUCAACAGGUCAGGAAGUGGUGAAGUUCUUGCAGUACAUAUGCUCCAACGACGUCGACAAACCAGUCGGCAGUGUCGUGCACACAGGAAUGCAGAAUGAAAUGGGCGGAUUUGAGAAUGAUUGUUCAAUAAUCCGGCUGCAGAGUAACAGAUACUUCAUGAUCGGGCCGACAGUCCAGCAGACUCGGUCGUACGUCUGGAUGCGUGACCACCUGCCCCGAGAUGGGUCCGUCCAACUGACUGACGUCACCUCCAUGUACACGGCCCUCAACGUCAUCGGCCCCAAGGCACAGGAACUCCUGUCUGAACUCACGGAUCGAUCUCUAAAGAAGAAGGAUUUUAUGUUCAUGACGCAUAAGGAGAUCAACCUGGCCAUGGCGAGUCACGUGAGGGCCAUGAGGUUGACCCACACAGGGGAAGAUGGCUGGGUCCUCUAC